UUUUUUAGAAAGACUGAGUCUCUCCCAGGACAGCUGCUGCGGUCACACCACAAACUUAAAAGCCGCCCUCCUGCUUGGAGCGUGCCACCCUCGGGUAGCCAAAACUCCAGCUGGUGCCUCACUCUCUGCCUGUCCCGGCCAGGCGCUCAGGGGCAGCAGCGCCCCCUGCCUCCGCGCCAGGCCUCUGCGGCCGCUGCCUCCGCGCUCUGUCUGGGCCGCCGGCGGCUCCGCGGCUCAGCCUGGGCUGAGGCUCAGAGGAACUCCUGUUCGUGCCUCAGGUCGCGGCGUGGCUCCUCCUCAUUCUUCCACCUUUUUCCCCUCUCCUGAAACAGCAUCAGGAAAAGAGAGAAGACGAGGAGAGUUCACAGCAGGCACUCACAGUGAAACUAUACAUUGGCUCUCCUGGUUCUCAAGCCUUCAGAUUUGAACUGGAACUGCAAGAUCUGCUCUCCUGGUUCAUAGGCCUUUGCACUAAGACUACACUACUGGCUCUUCUGGAUCUCCAGCUGGUCAACUGCAGAUCUUGGGAUUCUCAUCAGUUUCCAUUGUCAUAGUCCACUAGUAUUGAAAAAAGAGCAUUGUUUUUCAUCAUGGAUGCCACUAAAGAUGAUCGACCAAAGUUCAGAAGCCACAGUUUUCACCUUUUUCAUGCUUUGAUGAUGCUAAGCAUGACUGUGCUAUUUCUUCCAGUCAUUGGAACUUCUAAACAAAAUAUUCCACGACUCAAGCUAAGCUACAAAGAUUUGCUGCUGUCAAAUAGCUGCAUUCCAUUUUUGGGUUCAUCAGAAGGGCUGGAUUUCCAGACUAUUCUGUUAGAUGAAGAGAGGGGCAAGCUGCUCCUGGGAGCCAAGGACCACAUUUUCCUGCUCAGUCUGGUUGACUUAAACAAAAAUUUUAAGAAGAUUUAUUGGCCAGCCACAAAGGAGAGAGUGGAAUUAUGUAAAUUAGCUGGGAAGGAUGCCAAUGAAGUCAUAUUCAAACUGGACCCACAUAAUUUGGAGUCUGGCAGACUGAAAUGUCCUUUUGAUCCUCAGCAGCCUUUUGCAUCAGUAAUGACAGAUGAGUACCUCUAUUCUGGAACAGCAUCUGAUUUCCUUGGCAAAGAUACUGCAUUCACAAGGUCCCUGGGGCCCACUCAUGACCACCAUUACAUCAGAACUGACAUUUCAGAGCACUACUGGCUCAAUGGAGCAAAAUUUAUUGGAACUUUCCCCAUACCAGACACCUACAAUCCAGAUGAUGAUAAAAUAUAUUUCUUCUUUCGUGAGUCAUCACAAGAAAGCAGUACUUCUGAUAAGACCAUUCUUUCUCGAGUUGGAAGAGUUUGUAAGAAUGAUGUAGGAGGACAACGCAGCUUGAUAAACAAAUGGACAACUUUUCUUAAAGCCAGAUUGAUUUGUUCCAUUCCUGGAAGUGAUGGGGCCGAUACAUAUUUUGAUGAGCUCCAAGAUAUUUAUUUACUCCCCACAAGAGACGAAAGAAAUCCUGUAGUUUAUGGCGUCUUCACCACAACAAGCUCCAUCUUCAAAGGCUCUGCUGUUUGUGUCUAUAGCAUGGCUGACAUCAGAGCAGUUUUUAAUGGUCCAUAUGCUCAUAAGGAAAGUGCAGACCAUCGCUGGGUACAGUAUGAUGGAAGAAUUCCUUAUCCCCGACCUGGCACAUGCCCAAGCAAAACCUAUGACCCACUGGUUAAAUCCACCCGAGAUUUCCCAGAUGAUGUCAUCAGUUUCAUAAAGCGGCACCCUGUGAUGUAUAAGGCAGUAUACCCGGUUGCAGGAGGACCAACUUUCAAGCGAAUCAAUGUGGAUUACAGACUGACUCAGAUAGUGGUGGAUCAUGUCGUUGCAGAAGACGGCCAAUAUGAUGUAAUGUUUCUUGGAACAGACAUUGGAACUGUCCUAAAAGUUGUCAGCAUUUCAAAGGAGAAGUGGAAUAUGGAAGAGGUGGUACUGGAGGAGUUGCAGAUAUUUAAGCACCCAUCAAUCAUCUUGAGCAUGGAGUUAUCUUUAAAGCAGCAACAAUUGUACAUUGGUUCCCGGGAUGCAUUGGUUCAGCUCUCCUUGCACAGAUGUGACACUUAUGGGAAAGCCUGUGCAGACUGCUGUCUUGCCAGAGACCCCUACUGUGCCUGGGAUGGAAAUGCAUGCUCUCGAUAUGCACCCACUUCAAAGAGGCGAGCUAGACGUCAGGAUGUAAAGUAUGGGGACCCAAUCACCCAGUGCUGGGACAUAGAAGAAAGCAUUAGUCAUGAAACUGCUGAUGAAAAAGUGAUUUUUGGCAUUGAAUUGAAUUCAACCUUUCUGGAAUGUAUACCUAAAUCCCAACAAGCAUCUAUUAAGUGGUAUAUCCAGCGGACAGGAGAUGAACAACGAGAGGAGUUGAAACCCGAUGAAAGGAUCAUCAAAACGGAAUAUGGGCUACUGAUUCGAAGUUUGCAAAAGAAGGACUCUGGGAUGUAUUACUGCAAAGCGCAAGAGCACACUUUCAUCCACACCAUCGUGAAACUGACUCUGAAUGUCAUUGAGAAUGAACAGAUGGAAAAUACCCAGAGGGCAGAGCAUGAGGAGGGGCAGGUCAAGGAUCUAUUGGCUGAGUCACGGUUGAGAUACAAAGACUACAUCCAAAUCCUUAGCAGCCCGAACUUCAGCCUCGACCAGUACUGCGAACAGAUGUGGCACAGGGAGAAGCGGAGGCAGCGAAACAAGGGAGGCCCAAAGUGGAAGCACAUGCAGGAAAUGAAGAAGAAACGAAAUCGGAGGCAUCAUCGAGAACUGGAUGAUUCUUAGAGCUGUGGCUACGUCGUUUUCUAAUUUUUCUUAAUUUAAAAAAGAAUUGUUUACCUGCAAAAACACUGUCUUCUGUUUUGUACAUCCUUCCUACUAACUCAUAAAUGCUUUCUAUGGAGUUUUGGUAAAACACAAGAACAAGCAAUCUAUAUUCAAUAAGACUAUAUGUGGCGAAUAUGGAAUAAUAUAAGGGCAAAUCAUUCAUCUGAACAAGUCUUCCAAGAACUAAGCUUGUAUCUGCAAAGUGCAAGAAGUAUCCCGAAAAUAGGAGUUUUACAUUUGCAAAUGUUUUAUUUUGAAUUUUUGAAUCCAUUAUGUCUUGUAAAUAAUUGAGCUAAGCAUGCAUCAAAUUCGAUAUUGUAUUGAGGUGCUGUAUUUCCUUGCAUGUCCAUUAAGCAUGGAGUUUGCCAUGCAGUUGUGCUAUGUUCUUAUGAAAAGAUAAAUCAUUCCACUGCUAGACCUGGUUAUCUUGUGGAGGGAACUGAAAGGGAAGGCACAAAUUAAAACAGCUCACAUUAUUAACAGGAACUUUCCCAGUGAGCCAUUCGCUCUUGCAGUGUGGUGUGGGAAUUUGGAGAGGUGCACUAUUUCUUUCAGGCCACAAGGGUUGCAUUUAGUGUACUGCAACAUUGAUUUACUGAGGGGCAUUAAUACACUUCCCAGGAUUCCUUAUGAUUUGUAAGGAGAAAUAAGUUCACAGACAGAAAUUGGUUCUUAGUUGUGUAUUUCUAGAAUAUAUGCUAAGCUCUACAGGGAUAGGAUGCUUAAUACAUAUUUUAAUAAGAUAUGGGGAAUAUUUUAAUAAAAUAAGGGAAACAUCACCAUGUAUACUACACCCUACUGGGAAGACAGGCAGAUGGGAUUUGUUAGGAGACAGAAGGAAAGAUAGCCAUAAAUCCUGGCUUUGGGGAAAAACUCGUAUCCUCACAAAAAGGAAGAAUAAUCACAAAGUGGACAAAAUGCAACAGAGCUCCUUUCACUGGGAGCAUAAAUAGCUGCCAAUUUGUAAUUUAUCUGUUAAAAAAGUCUGGAUUAUAACAAACUUCUAGCAAAAGUCUGAGGAAAAGUCAAAUUUCUAAAGGAUCAUGGGAAGGAUGAUCAUAUUUUAUUUAUAACCAAUGGUAUUUCAGUAUGUGUUUCUUCUCUUUUUUCAAAGUAUUUAUCAUACUCUGUAUAUUAUAUUCAUACAUUUUCUUUAUUCUCUCCUGAAUAUUGGAUUAUUGGAUUAUAUUUGAGUGACUAGCAAAGAACAAUAUAUAAUACAUUAAGAGAGAAUUAAGUAAAAGACCAUGGUGGGAGUGGGGAUAUGUAUUUGCUAAAUAACAAAAUUUUGACAACGGAAAGGGUUAAAUUAACUCUUUGACACAUCUUUUUUUCGCACAACCUUCUUGAAUUUCUAGGUGAUACUUUGUAAUUCAAGUAGCAUUGUUUUAGUAAUUUAACAAUAAAUAAGCCUACCACAUGUAAAGAAAAUAAACUCACAGCAUUAACAUAAA